UUGAAGGAAGGAAGGUGGUAAGCCGAACGAAGUUCUUUUGGAUGGCCGAUAUAGCGGUGGAAUCUAGCGGAGGAGACGUGGUGGUGGCCGAGCAGGUGGAUUCAACGCCGGCCACUAAGCAGACGCACCAUCUAGAGAGGAAGUGGGCCUUCUGGUUGGACAACCAAUCCAAACCCAAACAAGGCGCCGCCUGGGGCACCUCUCUACGCAAGGUCUACACCUUUGACACUGUCGAAGAAUUCUGGAGUUUGUAUGAUCAGAUCUUCAAACCCAGUAAGUUGGUAGGCAAUGCUGACUUCCACUUGUUUAAAUCUGGGAUUGAACCCAAAUGGGAAGACCCCGAGUGUGCUUAUGGAGGAAAAUGGACUAUUACCAGCAGCAGUAAGGAUUACCUUGAGAAUGCGUGGCUUGAAACUAUGAUGGCUUUGAUCGGAGAGCAAUUUUAUGAAGCUGACGAGAUAUGUGGGGUGGUUGCAAGUGUACGCCAACAGAGGCAGGAUAAACUUGCACUAUGGACCAAGACAGCGUCCAAUGAGGCUGUGCAGAUGAGCAUUGGGAAGAAGUGGAAAGAAAUUAUUGAUGUAACUGAUAAGAUUACUUACAGUUUUCACGACGAUUCUAGAAGGGAGAGGUCUGUGAAAAGCCGGUAUAAUGCCUAACUGCGGCCUUUUAUACCCUAUCUACUCAGUUGCUUUGUUAGCUGUUUCAUAAAUUUUGGAAAUAGUGCACCUUAACAGUUGCUCAUGAUUUGGUCUGUCUCUGUUUUGAGUUUAUUUAUAAACAAAAACUAGUAGAGACUAGUUUGAAUACUGAUGGAGUAAUUUUGUUUUUUAUAAUAUCCAAUCUAUUUUGUUUUCUCCAA